AUGGCUGCCAUGUUCCAACGUCGACAUCGAAGGAGACAGAAUCUGCUUGUUUUGAGGCGACCACGAGUAUUUCGUGACCUAAGCAAUCCUUUGGAGAGUCUAGAGGAGGAAGAGAUUUUCCAGAGAUAUCGUUUUUCUCCGGGUAGCAUACUUUAUAUUGUAAAUAGUGUCAGUGACAAUCUUCAAGCAGAUACUGCCAGGAACCGACCCAUUCCUCCACUGAUCCAGGUUCUACUGUUUCUCCGUUUCCUGGCUACAGGGGCACACUUAAGACUUAUUGGAGACAGUCUUAACGUUUCAGAAUGUACGACUGGAAGGGCUGUUAAAGCGAUAGCAAGGGCCAUCAUUGAAGUUUUUAUCAAUCUGAUAAAAUUUCCCGUCGGUGAAAUAGCGACCAAAGUCAAGGAAGUAUUCAGAAGAAUUGCGGGUUUUCCCAAAGUUGUGGGUUGUAUUGACGGAACCCAGAUAAGAAUUCAAACUCCUUCACUGAAUGAACCUGAUUAUGUGAACAGGAAGGGAUUCCAUAGCCUCAAUGUUCAGAUGGUAUGUAGUCCCACUUUCAAGGUGACCUCACUUUGUGCCAGGUGGCCUUGAUCAUGUCACGAUUCGAGAAUUUGGAGAAAUUCACACCUUUGCCAACAGUUUGAAAAUGG